GCACGCCGCGUUCAAGAACGCACGCAUCUCGAUUGCAGACUUUCAGCGCGUGGAGCCCACUCGAGCAGCCGCGGGAUAGCCCCGCAGCCCGAAAAGCUGUUGUGUUCACCCGUAAAGACCCGCAUCUCCUGUGGACCUCCAUGCCUCACCACCACCUUCAUAUGCAGAGAUUGUGCGCUCUGUCCCGGCCCAGUCGCUGAAUCGGAACGGCAAAAGCGAGGAUCGUAGAAGAGGAACACAAGGUUUCUAAAACUGGAUGAUUCUCCACUCGGUUAUUAUUAUUUCCAAAUAUAUUUUCACGAGGAUCGUCUGGCGCUAUGGCGAACUUCUUGAGGAAUUUGCUCUGGGUGUUUUUCUGGGGUUCAAACCUGAGAUGCUACGCCCCCACCGACCAGCUGAGCGCAAGUGUUUCAGCCUGCGGGUUUGCCUGUGGCUUCGCCUCUGCUGCCAAGGAGAGCGUGGGGAAGAGACCGAGACGUCUCAGCUGACCCAGCCGUCCUUCCAUGGAGCCUGUGGUGACCCCCGGCUCUCAAUGGAUGCAGAGGUUAUGGCUGAAGCUCAGAGUGGAGCUGCACCGACGCCUGAAGGUUACUUCCUUGAGUUCCUGGAGCCAGUCAACAAUAUCACACACUUCCAGGGCCAGACAGCCACGCUCCACUGCAAGGUGGCUGGUAACCCACGACCGACGAUUCGCUGGCUUAAAAAUGAUGCCCCCGUUGUCCAGGAGCAAGGGCGUAUCACUGUCCGUAAAACUGAGGCUGGAUCCAAGCUUCGGAUCACGGACCUUGACACGACGGACACAGGCUAUUAUCAGUGUGUUGCCUCCAAUGCAUAUAAAGUGAUCCAUGCCACAGGUGUCCUUUAUGUCAAACUCGGGCAAAUGCCUACACAUGGGCCAGAUCAUACGUCACAUGAAAAAGGGUUUUGCCAACCAUAUCGCGGCAUUGCCUGUGCUCGCUUCAUUGGCAACCAGAGCAUUUAUGUGGAGUCUCUCCAGAUGCAGGGAGAGAGUGAAAAUCGCAUCACCGCUGCCCUCACAAUGAUAGGCACCUCUACUCAUCUGUCAGAUCAGUGCUCCAAUUUCGCCAUCCCUUCCUUUUGCUACUACGUCUUCCCUCUGUGCGACGAGAGCUCUCGGGGUCCUCGGCGACGUCCGCUCUGUCGAGACGAGUGUGAGGCCCUGGAGAACGACCUGUGCCGUUCCGAGUACACUAUUGCCCGAUCCAAUCCCAUGAUACUCAUGCAGUUAGAGCUUCCCAGCUGUCACCUCCUACCACGUCCAGGAACACACGAUGCUGCUUCAUGUAUGAGAAUAGGAGUGCCACCGGAAAAACUUGGACCAUAUUCCCCAACAGACCAGAGCUGCUAUAAUGGAAGCGGGGCUGACUACAGGGGGACUGUUAGCAUCACAAAAUCGGGUCACCCCUGCCAGCCAUGGAGCAGUCAGUACCCUCAUAGUCACCAUCUGUCACAAGACUACCCGGAACUAUGGGGGAGCCACAACUACUGCCGGAACCCGGGAGGCCAGAUGCAGGCUCCCUGGUGCUUCACCUUGGACCCUCGAGUCAGAGUGGACCUUUGUGAUAUUCAAGCCUGCAAGCCUCCAGAGAACGUCAGAAAGGAGAUUCUGUUCAUUUUAAUCCCUGCGAUCGCCAUCCCUUUGGUCAUCGCUUGCCUCUUCUUUUUGGUUUGCAUGUGUCGAAACAAGCAUAAAGCACCAACAGACACGCCUCCUCGCUGCCAGCUCAGCAGCUCACCCAACCAAGACAUGGAGAUGUCUCUCCUAAGCCAGCACAAACACCAGGCGAAGCUGAGGGAACUCAACAUGUCAGCUGUAAGAUUUAUGGAGGAGCUUGGUGAGGAUCGGUUUGGCAAAGUUUACAAAGGCCAUUUAUAUGGCACCGCACCUGGUGAGCAGGCCCAUGUGGUGGCCAUCAAGACACUGAAGGACAAGGUUGAUCCCUCUCUCAUCGAGGAAUUUCGUCACGAGGCCAUGCUGCGCUCUCACCUUCAGCAUCAAAAUAUUGUUUGUCUUCUGGGUACCAUCACCAAAGAGCAGCCACAAAGUAUCAUAUUCACAUAUUCAAGCAUUGGUGAUUUGCACGAGUAUCUUGUGGUACGCUCUCCCAACUCAGAUGUUGGCAGCUCAGAUGAUGACCGGACCGUGAAAUCCACAUUGGAACAGGCUGAUUUCCUUCAUAUCAUUACCCAGAUCGCAGCCGGAAUGGAGUACCUUUCUAGCCAUCAGGUUGUUCAUAAAGAUCUCGCAGCUCGAAACGUUCUGGUUUUUGACAAGCUAAGCAUCAAGAUCCUUGAUCUCGGCCUCUUCAGAGAUGUCUAUUCAGCUGAUUACUAUAAUCUGAUGGGGACAAGCCCUUUCCCUAUUCGAUGGAUGUCCCCAGAGGCGCUAAUGUAUGGCAAGUUCUCUACAGACUCAGAUAUCUGGUCUUAUGGCGUUUUACUUUGGGAGACCUUCAGUUAUGGUCUACAGCCUUAUUGUGGCUACUCCAACCACGACGUGAUCGAGAUGGUGCGUAGCCACCAGGUGUUGCAAUGUCCCGAUGACUGCCCAGUUUGGAUAUACACCCUUAUGCUGGAGUGCUGGAGUGAAUUCCAAGCAAGGCGGCCUCGCUUCAAAGACAUCCACACACGUCUGCGCUCCUGGGAAAGCCUUUCAAAUUAUAAUAACUCUGCUCAAACGUCGGGUACAAGCAACACUACCCAGACCAGCUCCCUCAGCACCAGCCCCGUAAGCAAUAUCAGCAUGAGCACGGCGAAUGCGUCGCGUUACACGAGCCCAAAAAAGACCGUGCCCUUCCAUCCGCCUCAGUUUCUGCCAAUGAAGAGUCAAAUGCAUCGGCCGAUGGUCCCCCCGCAGCUGUACAUCCCCGUCAACGGCUAUCACCCUAUGCCAGCCUACCAAUACAUGCAGAAUUUUUACCCCAUGCAAAUACCCAUGCCCAUGCCCCACCAGCAGGUCCACCACCCAGCCCAAAUGGUUCCAAAAGCUGGUUCACACCACAGCGGCAGUGGCUCUACAUCAACGGGCUACGUCACCACGGCUCCUUCUAACAACUCGAUGGCGGAGCAAGCAGCCUUACUCAAUGAGGACUCCAAGACCAACCACGAGGACUCGGUUGACAGGGCGUCCCAGAUGGAGCUCGAGCAAAAUGAGCACUUGGCAGUGCCCGAAACAGAAUUACUGGGUGAUAACGAGCAACAGACUGAUGAGCUGAUGAUCGAGUUGUCAGACACAUAGGUGGGCUUCUGUGUGAAAUAUUCCCAAAACUUAUGUUUGCCUGCUUUCAUAAGCAGCAUGAAGUAAAAGGAGCGAUUUCCAGUGACAGUAACUGAAUGUUGACAAAGACUUUCUCAGUAGUGACUCACGUUUUUGUUUCCCAAUCUCACUUUUUAAACCGAAGUCUGUGUUUUGUUUUUUUUUUUCCAAUGUUGCUGUGCAACAUAGACAAACAAAUUAUUCACCCUUAUGUUCUUUGUGAAGGUUUUUCUGACCAAGUCACACUGUCUUUUGAUGAACAAACAUGGGCUUCUGUGAGCCAGGAUACUUACCGUAUUUGGUGACUGUCCCGGCAGCGUUCAUAUCCUAAACAAAUAACCUUCCCACCUAAGAUGCUGUUUCUAUCUUUAAAAGCCUCAGUCAAUCUAAAGGGGAAUAUGCCAGUUUCAGAAAUAACAGAACUGCAAAUCAGUUUAAUAGAGAAAGACUUUGAAGAAUUUGCUUGAGCAUUCCUUUGCGCCUCUUGAACAUCAUUUAAUAUUUUAAUGGAUGUUAUUGUCCAGUGGUGCUUGUACAUUGGCCACAGCCAUAGAGCCAACGAAUGUAUGAUGAAAAGAUGUGUACGAGGAAAAGAAGUAUUCUUUUCAAAUGAACAAAUUGUGUUUUGACUCUUUGAUAGGCUAUAUUUUACAGUUUCCAAUAUUGAUAAUCAGGCUCGUGAAAUCAUAGGUUUUUUUUGUUUUUGUUUUUUGCCCCCCUCCACACAUAUGUCUUAUUGUUCACUGGGCUGAUUUUAACAUUGUUUUUCACACCACAUUGCACAAUUUGUAAUUUAUAUUCUUUAGUUUAAUUUUUUUUUAAUAGAACAUUGCUAACCCUGAUGUUUUGCCCCCCCCCCCCCCCCCCGAUGCAUGAUUUUUAUAAGCCGUUCCACUUACUUUACCAUUGUGUACAUCAAACUACGGAAUGUUUAAUAAAUUCUUCUUAAAUGA